CAAUCCCAUUCCACCGGAUGGGCCGGGCUUUCCGCUGGCGCCUGAGGAAACAAAGUGGUUGCUGUGCCAAUCACUGCAGACCUUGUAUGAGUGACAAUCCCGAGCGCUUACCUUAGGUAUCGCGUUUGUAUAAGGGCUGGUCCUAGGGCUAAGCGUACGGUCUGAGUGCAAGAUGGCUGCGGUGUCCUCGGUGGCAUCGCUGCGUGGGGCAGAUUAUGAGAACGGGCUACGCGGCGGGGCCGGACCCAGCGGCGGAGGGCAGGACCCAGGAGAGGACGACCCAAUGGGCCGCGGCACGCUAGAUUUGGAUCUGGAACUGCUGACCCAGGGCAGAAGAAACCGGCGGGUUGGGGGCCGAACUGCUCCAGGCAGAAGAUCCGGGGGACGCGGGGGCUCUGGAGGUGGAGCUGGUGGUUUAGAGGAGCUGGAAGAUGAAGAGCUGGAGGAGGAAGAGCCUGGGGAACUCACGGGAGACCAAACCAUAGAGGAUCCGGAGCUUGAAGCCAUUAAGGCUCGCGUGCGAGAGAUGGAGGAGGAAGCUGAGAAGUUAAAAGAGCUUCAGAAUGAAGUAGAAAAACAAAUGAAUAUGAGCCCCCCUCCAGGCAAUGCUGGGCCAGUAAUCAUGUCUGUUGAGGAGAAGAUGGAAGCUGAUGCACGAUCAAUUUAUGUAGGAAAUGUUGAUUAUGGCGCAACAGCAGAGGAACUUGAGGCUCAUUUCCAUGGAUGUGGUUCCGUCAAUAGAGUUACCAUACUAUGCGACAAGUUCACUGGUCAUCCAAAAGGGUUUGCCUACAUUGAGUUUUCUGAUAAGGAAUCAGUCAGAACUUCACUGGCCUUGGAUGAAUCUUUAUUUAGAGGACGUCAGAUUAAGGUCGUACCCAAGAGGACCAACAGACCAGGUAUCAGUACGACAGACAGAGGUUUCCCACGGGCAAGAUACAGAGCCAGGGCAUCUUCCUACAGUUCCCGGUCCCGUUUCUACAGUGGCUACACCCCCAGACCCAGAGGACGUGUGUACAGGGGUCGGGCUCGCGCGACGUCAUGGUAUACUCCUUACUAAAAAUAUAACAUUAGGAAGACCUGCAAAAAAAAAAAAAAAAAGCAGAAACCCCCAAAAAAGAAAAAAAAAAAUGAAAAAAAGAAGACUGGAAUGAAUUUUAAGAAUAUAUAGAGGUCCUUUGUGGAUCUUUUUUGUUUUCUGCUUCCCAUGUAUGUUCUCCAAGCACUGUAUACAUAGCAGGUUUGGGACAGUCAGAUGGCUUAUGGGGGUGGGAAUAUGGUAUCAUGUGGUCUCAAUACUCCAUGCAUGAUUUGCUUCUGGGAUUUCAUGGUGUGCUGUGACCAUUUGGGUGGGGGUUUUGGAGACAACUCUUAGAAUGUGUAAUGUAUGUAUGAAAUGGUUGGUCCUGGUCCAUUGCUUUCCUGGCUUGGCCCUGAGUGGGUGUUGGUUUGGGGGUGAUGUCUGCUAAACCUCCUGCUGUUCCCUUUUUUGUUUUUUUCUUUUUUUUUGCGUGUUUUUAUCUUUGCAGGUUUCUUUCUAUGGGAGAAGCUUGUUUUCCGGAGAGACUCUGCUGCCCAUGUCAACAGCCCCUUCUUUAGUUUUAUUCCGGUUCAGAUUCCCGCAUUCUUUUGGAAGAGCAGGGAUGGGAGAAUUUUUUUUUUUUUUUUUAGGCCUGGUUUUGUUAAGUCCAGCUCCGUUUUAUAGUACGGCAGGAAGGGUGAACGAGGGGAAAAGAAUAAAAAAAAAAAGUUACAAGAAAUAAUUGCAUUUGUUUUUCUUAUUGACAUCUUUUAGAAUGUAUUGCUCUGCGCAUGUAGUGUAUAAAAGCUAUAGUCUUGAUCACGGAGGUGCAUUAUGCCCCCUCAGGUUGUUUAUUUACUUGUUUGGAACUAAAUGGGCAUAGCCAUGCAGUGUGGUGUUGGCCCUUUAAGCAAAGUCACAAAACUGCAAAAAGUGUGCAGGAUGCAUUUAAAUGUACUUUUCACUAAUAACAUAUCUGCUUUAGAACAGUUCAACUAGCAGGGUGGUUGCUGUGCACAGGGGAGGAGACAUGAUUUUAAGGGUAUGUGCCAAUAUGACAACUUUUUCACAUAUAAGUAAUGAGUGAUAUCCCUGCAAGGAGCAUCAAUCAUUUGGCUUUUUUGGUGUGCUACUACAAUUAAUGUGGGUAUGGUCUUACAAUUUCUUGUGAUCACAUGGGUGUGGCUCAAAGUGGGUGUGGUUUAAAAAGGGGCAGUAGCGUCACUAGAGGGGGCGGGCCCUGGUGUGUGACACGCAGCCGGGCCUCGCCCCCCUCCGUACGGCCGCGUUUGUCAGUGGCGCGUGCGCUGCCAGGGGCCCCUGAGGGGGUGCUGGCCCUGGCCUGCUCGCUCCCCCGGUAGUUCCAACACUGAAAAGGGGCAGUGGUCAACACUGGCUUCCAUCAUCAGUUAGAAUAUCCCAACUUUCAAAAUUAGUGCUUUAUAUGUAAGAAAAAUUACAAUAAAAUAGGCACAACAUAACUUCAA